GAUGGCGGCCGUUGUGGUGAGGGGCCCCGGCCCCACCUGCCGGGCCGGGCCGCUUUUUGGGGCCGGCGGCGGCUCGGUCGGACAGAUGAUCCGCACCUUCUGUUGGCGGCAGGAAAUUCCUGUAGAAUGUUUCUACGUGAAAUGUAAUGGGCAGCUGGUUAGCUUUGAAGACGUCAUCCAAGAUGGGGCCAUUUACAGUCUGGAGCCUAGACUCUGUGGAGGGAAAGGAGGUUUCGGGUCUAUGCUUCGGGCCCUUGGUGCGCAGAUUGAAAAGACCACCAAUCGCGAAGCUUGCCGAGAUCUCAGUGGAAGGAGACUGCGAGAUGUUAACCACGAAAAAGCAAUGGCUGAUUGGGUAAAGCAGCAAGCAGAAAGGGAGGCUGAGAAGGAGCAAAAGCGCCUGGAGAAACUGCAGCGGAAGCUCACAGAGUCGAAACACUACUUCACCAGCCCCGAGUACCAGCAGCAGUGCCACGAGAUGGCCGAGCGCCUGGAGGACUCUGUCCUGAAAGGCAUGCAGGCUGCCUCCAGCAAGAUGGUGUCACCAGAAACCAGGGAUAGUCGGAAGCGGCCGACCGAAUCCGAGAUGACAGGCGUAAAGUCGGAGAAGAGGAAGUGCUUCUGGUUGGGGAUCGAAGAGCUGCAGGAUGCUGGGAGCUCCGAAGAUGAUGAAAGUGAAGGUGGCGAGUCCCCCGGCACUUCGGGAGCGAGCUGCCAGCCUGCUGGCAGCCAGAUGGAUCUUGCCGUGACAUCAGCUGGGUUGUCACAGGGCUCCGAGGGGUCUGUGGGGCCCAGGACUGAGGAUGGAGCCCCAGAGAAGCCCCGGGAACUAGUGUCUUGCCCCGGGCAUGCCGAGAUGGGAGAAGCAGAGGCAGAUCAAGGGCUCUGGGAAGAACCAGCUGAAAGGCCAACUGCCAAAGAAAAGGGAGAGGACCACAUGGAGACAGGAGAGGUGGACGAAACCCGGACAGGAGCAGAAGUGAAGGAAGAAACCAGAGCAGAGAUUACGGAGGAGGAAAGGACUGAGGUGGAAAUAAAAACCAGAGCAGGCGUACAGGCAGAGGAGGAAAAAACUCCAGUUGCCAGGCAGGAGGAGCCUGAGAAGAACCUCAUAGACCUGCUGGCAUUUCAUUCAUCUGCAGAAAUGGAGGCUCUGGGUUUGGACAGACUCAAGUCUGAAUUGCUGGCGCUGGGAUUGAAGUGCGGAGGCACUUUGCAGGAGCGAGCCGCCAGACUCUUCUCCGUCCGAGGCCUGGCCAAGGAACAGAUAGACCCGGCUUUAUUCGCUAAACCUUCUAAAGGGAAGAAGAAGUGAAACCCAGAGUGGCUGAUUUCUUACUGCUCAUGUAUGCCAGUGCUUCUUGGAAGGACUUGAUCGCCUUUUGGAAUAUUUUCUUUUCUUUUUUUUUUUAAUAAAAUUAUUUAAUGACCUUU